AUGUUAUGCGGAGGCUCACGAGUCUUGCAGCAUUUGUCCGAUCACCACCAUCAUACUUCGAUUGGAUUAGGAUUAGGGUUUUGCGGUGCUAGGAUUGUUCAGCUCUCGUCAUUCUUCCUCAGGCCUUGUCAGGCUAUGAAAAACAGUCGUUUCAGCCAUCAGCGGAUGAUUUCUUCCUCUGGGUCUUAUUGCAGGACUCCCAAAGACAUCCCUAUUCUUCACAAUUGUUUCAGCCAACGAGAAGAUGAUCCCGAGAUUGCAGUCGAAGGUUUAUCCCCAGUUGCAGGAGGCAUUGUUGCUCUAGGGAAGUUUGAUGCCCUGCAUAUCGGCCAUCGAGAGCUUACGAUUCAAGCUUCAAGAAUUGGAACACCGUAUCUGUUAUCUUUUGUUGGAAUGGCCGAGGUACUCGGUUGGGAGCCUAGGGCUCCAAUAGUGGCAAAAUGUGAUCGAGAACGUGUGCUUACCUCAUGGGCCUCACACUGUGGAAACAGAGCACCAGCGGAGUACGAGAUUGAAUUUUCAAGCGUGCGACAUCUAACCCCCCGACAGUUUGUGGAGAAGCUGUCAAAGGAGCUCGGAGUUUGCGGAGUUGUGGCAGGCGAAAAUUACCGAUUUGGAUACAGAGCUUCAGGGGAUGCAUCUGAGCUAGUGAGGUUGUGCGAGGAGUAUGGUAUCGGUGCUUACAUCAUAAGCUCUGUGAUGGACAAGAAUCAAGACUCGGGAGAGAGAGACUCAGGUGACUCAAAAGACAGAGGGCAAGUCUCUUCUACACGUAUACGCCAAGCUCUUGCCUCGGGUGAUAUGAGCUACGUAUCAGAGCUUCUUGGCAGGGCACAUCGGCUUAUCUUGCGAGUCAGAGCUCAAGAUAUGCCAAGUGAAAGGAGGAUCUCAGUGCCAAGAUCAUCAGUGCUUAAUUUACCUCCUGGGAACGGAAUUUACAAGGCAUGUUUGCUUCUAGUUGGCGAUGAUGAGCCUUUGAUUCCGUGUAGCGUAGUUGUUGAUACAUCAAAUAUCCAUGUGGAAACAGAGGAUUUACGACUCUGUAAUUCAGAUUGGUCUCAAGAGUCGAAACUCUUGGGUGUUGAGUUCGGUUAUAGUCAGUCUUAG